UCAAGCGAGUUCAUAAAGUCACAAGACAACAACAUUACCACUACAUUAAGAAACACUUAACGAAUGAAGUAUGAUUACCGAUGCCAAAAGAACAGUUUAUGUUGGAAAUCUACCCAAAUCCAUUACUAAAGAGCUUUUAUACAAUGCUUUCAUUCCGUUCGGAGAAAUUGUUUCAAUAAUUGUUCACAAUACUGGAAGAUCUGAAAAAGCAUACGCCUACAUAGAAUUCGAAGAUCGAGAAGAUGUUGAAGAAGCAUUAAAAAACAUGGACUACUCAACUAUCUAUGACCGAACAAUCCGAGUAUCUAGAGCAAACAUCCAGAAACAGCCCGACUCUACUACCGUUGAAGAAGAUCAGUUAACGACAACAACACCAAACACUGUAACUUCAAAUUCAGCAACAGCAUAACAAAAAAAAUUUGUAUAUUUAAAUCGAUAUAUAGUUUGCAGUUCAGAAAGUAAAUCACCGAAAUCCGUAUACCAUGCAUUACUAUACAGAGUAUACUGCGUGGGGAUGUUUAAAUUUCAAGCACAAGUUUGCAUGUGUAUGGUAGAGGAGAG